GCGGGAGGAGGAGGAGGAGGAGGGAAAAAAAAGAAGGGAGGAAAGGAACGAAAGAGCUGGCGGCGGCAGGAGCGAUGGAUGCCAUUAUUCCCUACAAGGAAAUCCUCCAGAUGUACUGGGAGAAAGUGACAGCCUUUGUGAACGCCCGGUGUGAUGGGCUUGAACCCUGGCAGCUCAUUGGCUUGACCUUUUCUUCCACACUUGUAAGUGUGUGGCUGCAUGGCUUCCUCUGCCAGCCUGAGAGUUUGACAUCCCGAUCUAAAAAACAGUUCUUUAAACUGCUGAGAAAAAUGCCAUUUGUCGGGGCUAUGAUUCAAAAGAAGAUUGAUGAAGCCUUGAAUGAUGUCACUUCCAGUUUAUCUUUCCUGAAAGAUGAAAAGGAUUAUAUCAAGGCGCUGCCGGAACAAGGCAUGAGCCAGCCUGAAGUGCUGCAGAAGAUGAAAGAGUACAGCUCAAAAGGAGACGUACGCUGGCAGGAUGGGAAAGUCUCCGGGACAGUGUACAGUGGUGAAGAGAAACUCACCCACCUGCUGGUGAAGGUAUAUGAAGAGUUUGCCUGGAGUAAUCCUCUCCAUCCAGAUAUAUUCCCUGGUCUGAGGAAGAUGGAAGCAGAAGUAGUGAGGAUUGCCUGUACGCUCUUCCACGGGGGUCCCAACUCCUGUGGUGCUAUGACAUCAGGGGGGACUGAGAGCAUCCUGAUGGCCUGCAAGGCAUACAGAGACCUGGCUUAUGAGAGAGGCAUCAAACAGCCAGAAAUGUUGGUCCCAGUGAGUGCCCAUGCGGCCUUUGACAAGGCAGCACACUACUUUGGGAUGAAGCUGAUUCAAAUACCACUGACCAAGGCUAUGGAAGUGGAUGUUCAGGCAAUGAGGAGAGCUAUCUCGAGGAACACAGCCAUGCUGGUCUGCUCUGCUCCCCAGUUCCCACAUGGAAUUAUGGACCCCAUUGAAGAGGUGGCAGAGCUUGCAGUGAAGUACAAAAUCCCCUUCCAUGUGGAUGCCUGCCUGGGUGGAUUCCUUAUUGCUUUCAUGGACAAGGCAGGGUUCCCCCUAAAGCGUCCCUUUGACUUCCGUGUGGAAGGUGUGACCAGCAUUUCUGCUGACACCCACAAGUAUGGCUACGCUCCCAAGGGCUCCUCGGUGGUGCUCUACAGUGACAAGGAGUACAGGAAGUACCAGUUCUUCAUAGCCCCUGACUGGCAAGGGGGAAUUUAUGCCUCCCCCUCCGUGGCAGGCUCCAGGCCUGGUGGGAUCAUAGCUGCAUGUUGGGCAACCCUGCUGCACAUCGGAGAGUCGGGCUACGUGGAGGCUACGAAGAGGAUCAUUACAACAGCCCGUUUCCUCGAGUCUGAGUUGAGAAAAAUCGACAGCAUCUUCAUUUUUGGGAAGCCAGAGGUGUCUGUCCUCUCCAUUGGCUCGGACACUUUUGACAUCUAUCGAUUAUCUAAUUUUUUAGCUGCAAAAGGAUGGAACUUGAAUGUCCUACAGUUCCCACCAAGCAUCCAUCUCUGCAUCACGCAGCUGCACACGAAGCCCGGCGUUGCUGAGCAGUUCCUGAAGGAUGUCAGGGACAGCAUCCAGGACAUCAUGAAGGACCUCAACGCCAAGACCACCGGCAUGGGAGCCAUCUAUGGAAUGGCACAGUCGGUCCCAGACAGGAGCCUGGUAGCGGAGAUUUCCCAGGCCUACCUGGAUGGCCUCUACAGCACGGAUGUUCCCAGCAGUGAAAAGCACAUGAAUGGCUCUCCCAGCCACCACUGACUGUAGUGCAACAAUCGGUGCCUUGCCAGCGAGCACUGGGGUGGUUCCAAAGGUUUCCUAGGGAAAGAGAUUGCAGUUCCUUUGUUCCUACAAUUGCAGGCCUGAGGGUGGCUUGAUCUGGAAAUAAUCCUUCCCUGUCUUAGUCUGUUCUGAAAUCUGCAUUGUUUUCAUGCCCAAUUUCUGUUUUAGGGCUUUUCCUCCCUCCCCCCUGCCUGUUUUCAUCAUGGCUAUUGAUGGUGAAUUGAAUGUCCAUUCCACAGCUCCGAAUUCCUCAGGUAUUCUGCAUGUCACUUCAUUCCAUGUUGUUUCUCCUCCUCAGACCUGGUAUUCAGCCAGUGUCCAGCCAAGUGUUAAAUUCGAGUUCUCACAUUGUGUUCCAUGGCUCCAGUCUUCCCGGAAGUUAAUGGUAGACAGUAAAUUGGAAAUUCUGUUUUCUCUUGAGUAUUCCUGUAGGCUGCUGCAUUUAACAGACCAUGCUGGGAGCCUUAUAUCUGUGUAAUGCAGAGCUGAUAAAUUGGCAGAGGGAAGGUAGUGGCCUCCUUUUGAAAUCCCCUCUGGAGAUCUCAGUGAGACUGCAAUCAAUAUCUACUGAGGGGGAGAAAAAAGCAACACAAAAUCCUUUUCUGGAAUCUCUUGGAACAACUGCAGAAAUAGAAACCAAGCAGGUGGUGUAGGGAGAGGAACUGGAUGGUACUGAAAACCCCGGGUACAUUGUGGCUGUUUUGCUCCUCUGCCUCUUGAAGAAGACAUGCCUUGACCACCCAGGAAUGCUGUUUUCCCUUGCACAAAUCUGGAGGGAGGUGCAAAGCUCAUUUCACUGUUCAGAACUUGAAGGUUUUACACUGUCCCCUCACGAUGCUGUAGCAGAGCCAGCCAGGCCCUGGCCCAUGUCACAGCCAGGGACGUUGUGCAUAGAUGUUUUUUUUACCACGGUCUUUUAGUAUCAAAAAGGUGACUUUUGUAAUAGCAGUAAUCUCAGCUCUUUGCACUGAUUCUUUUAAGGCACAUUCUCAAAAGGGCAUUCACCAUUGUGCCUUGAUGCUUCUCUGGCUUUUUUUUUUUUGUGACAUGCCAGGGAGGGUUGGAGGGUUCAGCUGUUUGACCAUGACAUUGUUUGUGGUCAUUUCUUUAUGGUACUAAUUCUGAAAACAAACCUCAAAGGCAGGCUGGCCUCAGAGGAAGCACCCUUGCCUGUUAGGUAGGAAAGUAGUUGCAAUGAGCCAAGUCCCUUCACAGUAUUACAGAGAUGCUGGGAGAAGCAGAGGAAAGGAUGCAGCAAGUCAGAGGUGUUCCAGCCAUGGGCACGUGGCUCAGCCUUCCUAUUUUUCCCCACUGUUUUUAGUGUGAGAGUUUUCCUUGUGAGGCUGCUGUGGCCUCAAGGACAAGCCAGAAUCUCUCAAGUUAAUCCUGCAGGGCUUUCCCAUGUUUCCUCUGAGCUUUUUGCAUGGAGCAGAGAGGCGAAGACUUCACGCCGUGUCUGCACAGCCCUGUGCAGGGCAUCUGAAGGCAUCUCUCUGCUGUAGCCUGUCAGCCUGAAGCUGAAGCGCAGGAAUUUUAAGGAAUGAGAAGGUCACUGACAAGCUCCUGCACAAACCAGCGCAGCCUUGGGCCCAGCCAUUGUGGGAAGGAUCCUGGCUUUCCAACAGCUUUAUUCCCUGUGCUAAGAGACACAAGCAUUUUGGCCAUCUGCCCUGAGCUUGAUGACUUCAUGUAAGUCUCUGAGCCCCUUUGAAAUCAUUGAAUUGCCCAAGACUCUCUUGAUGGUGGUAUCAGCUCUGGCAGUUUGUGCUGGACCUGUUUGUUCUCUCAAGGUCUUGCCAAUGUGGCCAUUACUGUAUCUCUGAGUUUGCAGUACUUUGGAGACAGUCUUCAGCGUCUGGCUACUGUGAUGGUUCUCUUUGGAACCGAGAUUUGACAAAA